CCCACUAAAACUGCAAGGACACCUACAAAAAGGGUCCGGGGAAUAAUACAUACAUACGAAACGGCACCGACCCGAGGGGCUGUCUCAGGCAUGGCAGGAGAGGAAGGGGUGACCCUAGAAAGCUUGCGGAAGAAGAUGGCAGACUUCGCAAGGGAGAGGGACUGGGACCAAUUCCACAGCCCCAGAAACCUCCUGCUAGCCCUGGUGGGAGAGGUCGGGGAGCUGUCCGAGAUCUUCCAGUGGAAAGGUGAGGUGCCCAAAGGGUUGCUUGACUGGAAGGAGGAUGAGAAGGAACAUCUUGGGGAGGAGCUCUCUGAUGUCCUGCUCUACCUCGUGAGGCUAUCGGACAUCUGCGGGGUGGACCUGGGACGGGCUGCCCUCAGGAAGCUGGAGCUCAAUGCUCUCAAGUACCCCGUCCAUUUAUGCAAGGGCUCUUCGAGGAAGCACACCCACUACUCCCAAGCAAACGAGGACUCCGACACUUCAGCUCCUGAGGGUGCAGGUGCAGGUGCAGGUGCCGGCUCCUCUUGGUGAAGUUUAGUGUGGUUGUGCGCUCCAUCUCUGUCCUCAUCGCUGGGUUGCUGUAAAGUUGGGUCGGUGAGAUAGAUGGGUGAUUCAAUCAAGGACAUGAGCUAAAGGUUUCUUGCAGUCACAUAGUACCAAGUGUAGAGGACUCCUGUCUGUUGCCAAUCUAGUAAGUUUCUUGUGAUCUAUUGGAAGAAUGAUUUGGUAAUUGCCUGUGCAUAGUUCUGUGAACUGGUGAGAGGGCCCAGUGUCUGGUUGUUGCUUGGCACGAAAGGCUACUUUUUAGUUGAAUUUGACUUGGCUGCAUCCAUGGUUGUCCAACCCACUGGAUUUACUUGGGAAUUUGUGAUCUUGAUCUAUACUUUAUUGUUGGAUCUUUAUCUUCUCUUAUUUAUUCUUCUCGACCCUUCA